CAUUACCUAGAAUUCAUGAGCGGCGUUAGGAUUAAGUAGCAGUCUAGCAGUCGGUAAUAGAUUUAUCACGAAGAUAAGAUGGAAUCGUAGUUGAGUUUUGUAUAUCAGUUGAGUGCUGUCUCUAGUCUAUGCUUUUCAAGAGAAUAGUUUAGUAUUUGCAGAUAUCUGAACACCUAUGGAUAUAGAAGGCUAUGAUAUCUCAAAACUAACUUCGAAAUUUAAAAUUGAAGCUCUAAGGGAAAUUCUGAAAGUGCAUUUCGUAGAUUCAAAAACACGUAUAACAGAAGAUACACUACAGCUUGUGGCAGAAGUUGUUCGUGUGUUAACCACUGAGGCUACCUUGCGGGCAGGCAGGCAGGCACACAUUGAGGGAAUGACGGAAGUUCGGGUCUCGCAUGUGGAGAAAAUAUUGCCACAACUUGUGAGUGACGAUGUGAUGCCAUGUAAUCCGGUAGAUCAUCAAGUGUGUUGUGGAGGAAACUGCUGCUUAUAUCUUCAGGAUAAGAAUCAAGACAGAGAUGCUGGAUUUCAUAUGACAAACGACUGAUGAACCACCAACCAACUGCAUUCAUAGUCACGGAUUUCCCCAUGUGUGUUGCUUUUUCUCUCCCCCAAAAUUUCUUUGUAAUGUUAUAGCCAUUAUGUAGAAAUACAAACUAACUUUCUGUCUUUAAAUACUGAAAUGUAUUAUAAUAAACAUUAUGCUAUAUUUUGACUGUA